CCUUCCGGGCAGCCCCCUCGAGGGGUUAGCUUUUUUAACUCAAAGGUUUUCUGCCUUUAUUUUGUUCGAUCUUUUUCCUCCGCCGCGGCCCCCAGCCGGGCAGUCCCACCUUGCCCUGAAUUGGCUCUGGUGGCUUUGGCCCCGCUCCGGCCGGUCACCACCGGGACCAGCGUUCUCCCUGGGUCUCCGCGCCGGCGCCCUUCCGCAUCGCUCGCCCUCCGUCCCCGCGGCCCUUCUUCCUAUCUGACUGUCCCCUCGGAUCUCUGUCCGCUCCUCUCAGUCAAACCUUCUCGCGGGGAGCUCCACCUUGGUUAACCCUUUUCCUGUUUUCCCACCUUCCUUCAUCAACCUAUACCUCCCCUGAUGACCCAUGCUGCCAGCCCCGCCCUUGGCCGAGGGUCCCGGGCUCUGCAAUCCCCAGCUCCCUAGUCCCUCCCUCGGAUAGUCCGGGGGCUCGGGACUCAGCCAGCACCACCCCUCUUCGUGCCAACCAGCUGGGAAUGGCUGAGGGGCUACUUGCUGUUUGUGGCCUGCCAAGGGGAGGGGAAAGGAAGAAAGGCGUGGCUGAGGGGAGCGGGCCUGGACCUGGCGAGUGAAAGCGAAAGCCUCGGCUGCUAGCCUGGAGCCCAGAGAGCUAGCAACUGGAUAAGCAUGGCCGAGCCGAGUCGGGUGCGUCUGAGCGAGGAAGCCCGCAAACAGGUGGAUGUAUUCAGACAAAAUCUUUUCCAGGAGGCUGAGGAAUUCCUCUGCAUAUUCUUACCACGGAAAAUCAUAUAUCUGAAUCAGCUCUUGCAGGAGGACUCCCUCAGUGUGGCUGACCUAACCUCAAUCCGGGCUCCACUGGACAUUCCCAUUCCAGAUCCCCCACCCAAGGAUGAUGAGAUGGAAACAGACAAGCAGGAGAAGAAAGAUGCUCCUAAGUGUGGCUUUCUUCCUGGGAAUGAGAAGGUCCUGGCCUUGCUUGCUGUGGUUAAGCCAGAAGUCUGGACACUCAAAGAGAAAUGCAUUCUGGUGAUCACAUGGAUCCAGCACCUGAUCCCCAAGAUUGAGGAUGGAAAUGAUUUUGGGGUGGCAAUUCAGGAGAAAGUGCUGGAGAGAGUGAAUACAGUCAAGACCAAAGUGGAAGCCUUCCAGACAACCAUCUCCAAGUACUUCUCAGAACGUGGGGAUGCUGUGGCCAAGGCCUCCAAGGAGACCCAUGUAAUGGAUUACAGGGCCUUGGUUCAUGAGCGAGAUGAGGCAGCCUACAGGGAGCUCAGGGCCAUGGUGCUGGACUUGAGGACCUUCUAUGCUGAGCUGUACCACAUCAUCAACAGCAACCUAGAGAAAAUUGUCAACCCAAAGGGUGAAGAAAAGUCAUCUAUGUACUGAGCUCAAGACUAGAGGGAAAAUAAAUGACCUCUACUUUGUAAAUUA